AUUUUACGUACUCUGUGGAAAUGUUAAUAAACAGUUCUCAGCAUAAGAUGAUGUAAUUUCAGUUAUCUGUGAUUAUUACGAAACUCUGCGAAACAAAUAUGUUGCGAAUUCGUUAAGCAUGGCCACAAUGCGGGGUUUCGUUGGUAUUUUCGGUACCAGAAGUGUUAAUUUAGUUGUAUUACAGGUGGUAAAUAAAUUUCCAUGUCGGUACUUUCAUAAAUGCGUAGAAUGUGGAUGGAUCCAUAGCUCGACAUUAAGUUCUGCAGGAGUCUUGAAGAAUGUUAAAUUUAACCAACGACUUUUAACAGCAGGAACAGUAUGUCUUAGUCGAUACAUCCACCGAUCGUCAACAUACAAGCAAAAGAAAAGGGACUACUAUGAAAUACUUGGUGUUUCCCGGAAUGCUUCAGCAAAAGAUAUUAAAAAAUCUUACUACCAGCUGGCAAAAAAAUAUCAUCCAGAUACAAAUAAAGGUGACCCAGAUGCUGGACGCAAAUUCCAAGAAGUUUCAGAAGCCUAUGAAGUGCUCAGUGAUGAUGCCAAACGCAAGCAGUAUGAUGCGUGGGGCACAACAUCAGAACAGAUGGGAAUGGGUACUGGAGGGAUGGGUGGAGCAGAAGGACAAAGGUUUAGCCAAAACUGGCAAUUCAGAUCUUCCAUUGAUCCUGAGGAGCUUUUCCGGAAAAUUUUUGGUGAUGCCGGCUUCAAGAGUGGUAGAUUUGGAACUGAAUUUGAAGACUUUGCAGAGUCUAGUUUUGGAUUUGGUGCUGCUCAAGAGGUGGUAAUGAACCUCACAUUCUCUCAAGCAGCAACUGGUGUUAACAAAGACAUUCAUGUAAACAUGGUGGACACAUGUCCAAAGUGUAAUGGGUCACGUUCAGAGCCUGGUACCAAAGCAGUGAAGUGUUCUUACUGUAAUGGGACAGGCAUGGAAACCAUAAGUACAGGUCCAUUUGUUAUGCGAUCAACAUGUCGAUAUUGCCAAGGAACUAGAAUGUACAUCAAAUUUCCAUGUUCUGAGUGUGAGGGGAAAGGCAGUAGUGUGCAGCGCAAGAAGAUCACUGUUCCAGUGCCUGCAGGUGUGGAAGAUGGUCAGACUGUUCGUAUGCCUGUUGGAAGGAAGGAAAUAUUUAUCACAUUCAGGGUAGAGAAGUCUGAUUACUUCCGUCGUGAUGGAGCUGAUAUUCAUACUGAUGCUAACAUCUCAGUAUCACAAGCUAUUUUAGGUGGAACAAUUCGAAUCAGGGGAAUCUAUGAAGAUCAGACUGUACAGAUUGCACCUGGAACCUCAUCACACACUCGAAUAAGACUCAGCGGGAAAGGGAUGAAGAAUGUUAACUCAUAUGGCUAUGGCGACCAUUAUGUGAAUCUCAAAAUUUCUGUACCUAAAACACUGAAUGAAAAACAGCAGGCAUUGGUCCAAACUUAUGCAGAAUUGGAAGAAGACACACCUGGAAUUAUUCAAGGCUUUACGUACAAGAAAGAUGGAAGUAGAUUUUGCAUCACUGAGCCACAAGAUCUUCUUCAGCUUUUACGAGCAGCACUUGGCAACUAUGGAAAUCAGAACAGUACAUCCUCAGAACAAAAACCUGUAGCAUCCAAUACAGGUGUAAAGUCAAACAAAUCUACAGCUCAGAAAAUUGAAGGAUGUGAGAGAAUAGUAAGGAAGGUGGUAGACAACUUGGAAGAAGAGAAGGAAUGUGAUCCACAAAAAAUGUCUAAGAACCAAGGGAACAUGUAAAAGCAAAUGUUUCUUUGUGCAUUAUGUUUCUGAUGCUCUUAUUGCUAGUGUUAUAUAGCUACGUUAACUGUGAUUUAAUCUUUAGAACAUGGGCCAUUUAUAAUACAGGCUUGUAAAAGGAAAUGAGACAUGAGAUGACGGAACCAUUCCUUCACUUGAUAGAUUGAAUGAAAGCAGUUGUGUUGUCUGCUUGUGAAACUGAAAAUUCUUACUGAAGAAUGUUUGUACCUAGCUGUUGCAGAUAGUCAUACAAUAAUAUCCCGUCAUCUCCUUAUGUUGCUUGUAUUUGUAUAUAAUGAGUAAUAAAUUUGGUGUUUUCCA